UCCGCAUCCCAAAGUAGACCUGCAAUCGAAGACCCAUCAAGAUCAAAGCAUCAGACCCACUCAUGGAAGAAGAAAACCCAUCAAGGAGGAGGAGAAGAAACAACAUCAGCAACUAGCAAUCAACCACUCUUCUCUCGGCAAUGCAAGAAGAGGAAUCCUCUCAUCCUCCUCUCUCAGCAAUGGAAAAAGAGCAAUCUUCUCAUCCUCCUAUCUCAGCAAUGGAAGAGCUGUCGUGGUACGCUGGCAUAGCUACCUGCUUAAAGCUCCUCCUCAUCCCAUCCUACCGGAGCACCGACUUCGAAGUCCACCGCAAUUGGCUGGCCGUUACAUCCUCACUCCCUCUCUCCCAAUGGUAUGUCGACGACACCAGCCCCUGGACUCUCGACUACCCCCCUCUCUUUGCCUACUUCGAGCUCUUCCUCUCCUUUUUCGCCUCCCUCGUUGACCCCACCAUCACCAACCUCCACCUCGGCCUCGAUUACAACGCCGACACCGUCGUCUACUUCCAGCGCCUCACCGUCAUAAUUGCUGAUUUGAUUCUUUUCUAUGGUGCCUAUCGGAUUGCGAGGAGGCUCGAUAUGGCGAGGCGGCGGAUGGUUUUUGUUCUGGUCGUCUUCUCGCCUGCGUUGCUUAUCGUUGAUCAUAUCCAUUUCCAGUAUAAUGGGUUCUUGAUCGGGGUGCUUUUGAUUUCGCUGGCAUUAUUGGAGGAAGGGAGGGAUUUGGCAGGUGGGUUUGUUUUUGCGGCAUUGCUUUGCUUGAAGCAUCUGUUUGCGGUGGCGGCGCCGGUGUAUUUUGUUUAUCUGCUGAGGCAUUAUUGUAGGGGCGGGAUUGGGACGGCCACCGGGAGGUUUUUGGCAAUGGGAGCUGCAGUGGGGGCAGUGUUUGCAGUGGCGUUCGGGCCAUUUUUGUAUUACGGGCAGAUACAGCAAGUUCUCCGCCGUAUGUUUCCAUUUGGAAGGGGGUUAUGCCAUGCAUAUUGGGCUCCUAAUGUCUGGGUAUUUUACAUAAUUUUUGAUAAAGUGCUGGCUUUCUUGCUCAGAAAGCUGGGUUUUGACAUUAAGGCACCUGCUGCUUCAUUCACUGGAGGGCUAGUUGGGGAUUCCUCACCUUUUUCUGUACUUCCACAGGUCACCCCUCUGGCGACCUUCUUGUUAGUCAUACUUGCAAUGUCUCCAUGUCUUAUAAAGGCAUGGAGAGAGCCUCAGCCAAAGCAUAUCAUGAGAUGGGUAGCAUAUGCUUACACCUGUGCCUUUCUCUUCGGAUGGCACAUUCACGAGAAAGCAUCACUUCAUUUCGUGAUCCUCCUUGGAAUUGUUGCAACUCAUAGCGUGGAAGAUGCAAGGCACUAUUUCUUGUUAUCGGCAGUGUCCUGCUAUUCGAUGUUCCCGCUUCUAUUUGAACCCAAAGAAUAUCCCAUAAAAGUGCUGCUGCUGCUCAUCCACUUGGCUCUCAUGUGGUUAGGUUUCUCCAUGCAAUUCAGGGAUGGUGCAAUGACCAAAGGAAGCAAAAGAGUAAAAUCAAAAGGCUCUGUGGAGAAGAACAGAAACAAGUUGAUCGGAUGCAUUGGGGUCGUUUAUCUAUUGGGCAUGGUGGGUGUCGAGAUAUGGGGUCAAUUGUUACACCCUUACAUUUUCUCCAACAAACUCCCAUUUCUACCUCUUAUGUUGGUGUCCAUAUACUGUGCAUUGGGGAUGAUGUACUCUUGGCUUUUUCAGCUCAUUCGGAUAAUUAAAUCUCCUUAACCAAAUCCUGAUUGUUAUUGAGAACCACGGCAUUUCUUUAUAUGCUAGUCCAGUGAGGAUUUAUGUGGA